UGAAACGCUGGCAUCAGCCUCCCCCCUUUUGCUGCAGGCCCAACGGUGAAACACAUCCUGUACGGACACAGCCAAUGGUGAGCCAGCAUGCGUAAGGUGCUCGAUUGGAGCCUGGCUGCACCGCGUUUGUGGGUCGACCGUCGCCAUAUCAUUCUCUUCCCCGCCAACCCAAACAAACUCACGUCGAUCUCCAGGUGUCCGCCAUCCCGUUCAGGUUUUCCACCAUGAACCAUAACCAUGCUAACUAUCAAGCUCGGCUUGACUUCGUGGGGGCCCUCCUGCGUGACAAACUCCUGCUCAAGGAAGAGGCAGAUAUUGUUCCUGUCCAAUAUGACCCCGAGAGCCCCUUCAAGUACAACAAUUUUGUUUACCGCGUGACACUUGGCUCGCCGGUUCUCUCCAGCCAUGCCUCGAGCCGCAUUACUCCGCAGUCUACGUGUGUGCCCAUCCCCGACGGGGCGAAACAACUGAUCGUGCGUCUCGCGAACCAGGAGACCGAAGGCAUGAGCAUGGCAAACCGAGUCGAGAACGAGGUGGCUAUUAUCUCGCUCGCCGCGGCCGCACUAGACGGCUUCCAGCCUCACGUCGUGCCCCGGGUCUACGGUUGGGGUAGUGCCGCCCCGAAAUCCGCCCAAGGCUGGAUUGUACAGGAGCUCAUGCCUGGAAGCCCACUGGCUGAAGUCCUUGGUGAAAUGGAUCUAGACCAGAAGAGGAAGACCUUUGCGCAGAUGGCAGCGCUGCUGAAGGGGCUCCAGAGCUACAAACUGCCCGAGACCAUCACCGGGUUUGGGGGCGUGACAUUCGACGACGCCGGCCGCAUCGUGGGCGCUCCGAUGCCCACCGUGGGUGCCGGGCCUUGGCCUUCGUACGAAGCCCAUUUCAGGAGCAGACUUGAGGCGUCACUCAAGAAAGCGCAGGAUAACCAGUACAUCAAGGGAUGGCAGCCUAACCGCCUGAGAGAGCGGCUCGACAAGUUCAUUUCCGACGGUGUGCCGGCGCAGUUCCAUGCGCUCAGCUCAAAAGGGGAUCGGGUAAUAACACACGGCGACUUUAACGCGAGCAACCUCCUAUUUGACCCCGUCUCGGGACGGAUCACGGGCCUAAUCGAUUUCGAUUUUGCGGCCAUCCUCCACCCGUCUUAUGAAUUCCUCCGCUCCUUCGACGGGGCGGGUGGUCAGUUCAGAGGUUGGUAUAUGGACGAAGAGAGCGAUGAGGCAGCACUCAGAGAUGCAAAGCUCAACGGUUUCCCCUCGCCCCUGCCUGCCACCAAAGCCGACGGGCCUGUGCAGUGGGAAGAUGCUAAGGCAUGGGAGGAGGCGCUUGAGGAGGUCGGGGCCAAGCGGCCCCGUACUCUGCAGGGGAUUGACGCCGUCGCGGAUGUGGAUACGGUAUUGCAGGGGAUUCUGCCGUGGCGAGUCACCAACUCGGAUGUGUUGAAGUUGCAGACGCAUGAUACUAUCAUGCAAUGUAGGGACGAAAAGGAGGAGCACUUGGACAAGUUGCUUCGUCGGCUCGGGUUCUGAGGUUCGGAGCUUGGUAUUAAGGGAUCCACAGAAAUGACCCUUAAGUUCCUGUAAUGGGAAUGGGUAAUAUAUAACCCCCUUAUACAAACCUAGGAUCAGUACCUGAGCAAUAGCAUCCUUUGGCGGACGGCUUUCCGUGAGUAGGCUCAACGGCAUGUCCCAUGAGGGGGGCCUAUACGACCCGCAACACUUCCGUUUCUUCGAACC